GCGCUCCGCAGAGCAGAGGGAGGCGGUGCGGGGUAGCUGUCGCCCCUCUCCCGCCGCCCCGGGAGGAAGUGACAUGGCAGCGCCGAUGGGGAGGGAAGGCGAGGGGCGCCCUUUUCUUCCUGGAGCCGCCCGGCGGGUGGAGCCUGGCGGCCCCGCCCGAGCCGGCCGCCUCCCGGCGCGUGCAAACUAGUGGCAGUUGGUGCGGCUCGGCCGCCGCCUUGUCGCUCCCGGUGCCUCAGCGCGGCGCGCAUGCCAAGGUCCCGCGGCGCCAGCACUUCAGAAAAUACCAUUACUGCAGAUGUUUUUAUACUUCUGGAAGGUCUGGAAGCAUUCUGCCUGCAGGAGCCUACACCUGCACUUGAAUCAUGUUGUCUUCUGGAUUUUGGGUCUGAAGGUACCCUCUUACUUUCUCAGCAAAUCAUGGACAUCGUUGGCUUUCUGAAGUCUCAAUUCAUUUGCCAUCUUCUGAUCUGCUACAUAUUUAUAGUGUCAGGACUGAUCAUUAACUUCAUUCAACUUUUUACACUUAUACUUUGGCCAAUCAACAAGCAACUAUUCAGGAGGAUCAACUGCAGGCUGUCUUACUGCAUUUCAAGCCAGAUGGUGAUGUUACUGGAAUGGUGGUCAGGCACCAAUUGCACUCUCUACACUGACCCACAAAGUUACUCCAAGUACGGGAAGGAGAAUGCCAUCGUAAUCCUUAAUCACAACUUUGAAAUCGACUUUCUCUGUGGUUGGAACUUUUGUGAAAGAUUUGGGGUCUUGGGGAGUGCCAAAGUGCUUGCAAAGAAGGAGCUCUCCUACAUGCCCAUCAUUGGCUGGAUGUGGUAUUUCCUAGAGAUAGUCUUCUGCAAGCGUAAGUGGGAGGAAGAUCGGAAAACAGUCGUACAGAAGUUGCUGAAUCUCCGGGACUACCCUGAAAACUUUUGGUUCCUAAUUCAUUGCGAGGGCACAAGGUUCACAGAACAGAAGCACCAGAUUAGCAUGCAGGUAGCUGAAGCCAAAGGCCUGCCCAAGCUCAAAUACCACCUGCUGCCACGAACAAAAGGAUUUGCAGUCACCGUGCAGUGUUUGAGAAAUGUAGUUUCUGCAGUGUAUGAUUCUACCCUCAAUUUUAGAAAUAAUGAGAAUCCAACAUUGCUGGGAGUUCUGAAUGGAAAGAAAUAUCAUGCAGAUUUAUAUGUAAGGCGGAUUCCACUAGAGGAAGUCCCAGAAGAUGAGCAGGAAUGUUCUAACUGGCUUCACAAGCUGUAUCAAGAAAAGGAUGCAUUCCAGGAAGAAUAUUACCGAACAGGAGCCUACCCAGAAGUCCCUAUAGUACCACCCCGACGACCAUGGACGCUUUUGAACUGGCUUUUCUGGGCCUUAUUGCUGUUAUAUCCCUUAUUCAAGCUGCUCAUCAACAUGAUCAGCAGUGGAUCAUCACUGACACUGGCUAGUUUUGCAUUUGUCAUUGUAAUGGCUUCUGUCGGUGUCAGAUGGAUGAUAGGCGUUACAGAAAUUAACAGGGGUUCCACCUAUGGCAACAAUGACAACAAGCAGAAAUGAAAGUAGUAUCUUCAGAGACUGCUUCAAUCCAAAGGGAACAAAUCCAACUUCUGAAAACUCUUAAGUGUGUAUCAUGGUCCUUCAAGUGAGAGCAGAGGAAGGGUAGGAUGAGCAAUUGCCAUGCAUAUCUGAAUUUGUGCUCCUGUUAUUUUUCUCUGGGGGUUUGGGCUGGAUGACACACUUGAAAGAUGCACUCCUUUGUCUACUUGCCACAGCAAGUUUGCAUUUGUUUGGCUGGUUUGUUUCCCUAUAAACUGUCUUAAGUUUUGAAGAAGAAAAAAAAGUAAUUCCAGUGUACUUGUAUGAUGAGAAAUUACCUGGAAACUAACCAGAGGUGCAGGCUUUAUCUUUCCUAACUUGCUCUAAGGAAUGGACAAAUGUCAGAAGAUUGUUACAAGAUGAUUAAAAUUGGUAGUUGUCUAGAUCACACGUUAACAGUUUAACAACCAUAUUCUGUCAGUGUUUAAAUACAGUAAGAGGCUCUGCUUGGUUAUACCAGCACUAAACUGAAGCAGCUCUACUGAACUGAGAGAAUUGCAAGUAGAGGUUUUUCUACAUCUAGAACUUACUCCCAUAGUGGGCACCACAUGGGGCCUUUGAAACCUCAGCCAGACCCCAGACAUCCCAACAUCGUAAUCCUGCAGUGGCAUAACCUGGAGUGGCAUUUAGCCUUGGGGCCAUUUGCAGAGCUAAGAGUUACCCACUGCCACAUCUUCCCCAGGCGAUAUAUCAGAGGGACAACUAAAACCUGUAAUUCUUUUGCGAGUAAAUAAAUGCCAUUUAUAGUUUGGAAAAACGGAGGUACUAAAAUUCUUUUUCAUCUUUAAACUGAUUAAAAUUCUAGGCCUUUCUAACAGUGGUGGAAACAGAACAACUGGGUAUGCUGUAACGAAGUAAUGCAAAGCACAUUAAAAGUUAUGCCCCACACCCCUACUACUGUUGUGAUCCCUAUUAAUCUGCUUGUCUGUCAUUUUCGGUUAGUUUAUACAGUGCCUCAUAACAGUCACCCUGAGGUAACAGCUAAAUUAUCUUUUGCCUUUUUUUUUUUGGGAGAAGAGGGGAAGUAUUAGACAGACCUAGGACAGUGACAGUGCUUGGGACUUUUUAUGGCUUUCUGGGCUUUGACACCCUUCUCAAUUAAAUAAAUCUAGAAUCAAGCACCUGUGUUGCUCUGACAUCCCAGGGCAGCCUUCUCCUGGUUCUGAACUUUAGGAGUUAAGGGUAUACAAGUUACUAAAAAGAACUCAUUUAAAAAAAAGAAAAAAGGAAAGAGCAGACUUCAGCUACUGGCAAUUAUGAUUUAAAAAACCCCAAAUCUCUGAAAUCUAAAGAUACAGAUGCUGAGCAGGGGCAAUUAGGAUUGGCACUUUCAAUGAUGGUACAUUUUCAUUGUGCAUAGGACUAAACUGUGAUAGACUAGGAGUGAACAGUCUGUGUGAGCCCAGAGAAGAAAGUCUUAGUUCUAGCAGCUGAUACUAAAAACAUUUCUGUUUCCCUACAGUAAAACAGAGGCCAGAAGAAAUGGGGGCUAAUACAACAGCAUAUGAAUCAUUCCAUGAAA